GCACGCCAAUUUUGUGCAGAAGUCAAUCUCUCUCUCUCUCUCUCUCUCUCAAAAACACAGAUCAGAAAAAGAAGUCCCACCCCACCCCUUCCUCUCCGGGUCUCUCUCGCUCACAUAAAACCCUAAUACCCUUCUCAGAGCAGCCACCACCCACCAGCUACCAUCCCAAACUCAUCACCAAAACAGUCAAGAAGGUCGCCGAACCUUUCUCCUCGCGAGUGCCGUGAUCGCCUGUGGAAAGGUCUGCUCGGCCCUAUUCUCAUCGUUCGUCUCCUCCUCGCCGUUGCACGAAGGUCCGCGUCGAGCCCGUGGCGUUGCCGUUGCUGGGUCAGUCGGUCGUCGUCUCUUCGAGCUUUCUGUCUCUCUCUCUGAGCUCGCUUCCCUGUUCUCGCUCUCUCUCGCUCUCUUUGACCGAGUUCACUUCCUUUCUCCGUCGCCGCCGUCACUUCCUUCCUCCCUCGCCGCGGGUCUUCUUUCUUUCCAAUUAUUCUCUAAUUACUUCGAGAAGGAGAGGAUUUUCUAGAAGGAUCUGGAAUGGAGGGAGGAGCGCCGCAAUCCACCGGAGGAGGAGCAGGAGGUGGACCGGCGCCGUUCUUGUUGAAGACUUAUGACAUGGUUGACGAUUCCGCCACCGAUGACAUCGUUUCUUGGAACAGCUCCACCAACAACAGCUUCGUUGUUUGGAACCCGCCGGAGUUUGCGCGUCUUCUUCUACCUACCUAUUUCAAGCAUAACAACUUUUCUAGCUUCAUCCGCCAGCUUAAUACCUAUGGAUUUCACAAAAUACAUCCUGAACGGUGGGAGUUUGCUAAUGAUGAUUUUAUAAAAGACCAAAAGCAUCUUCUUAAGAAUAUCCACCGCCGAAAACCUAUUCACAGUCAUAGUCAUCCUCCCGGCUCUGUUGUGGAUCCAGAAAGGGCAGCAUUUGAGGAAGAAAUCGAAAAACUUAACCGUGAGAAAUCUUCCAUUGAAUCUAAUAUUUUCAGCUUCAAGCAACAUCAAUCAACAGCGAAGCUUCAUCUAGAAGAGUUUCAGCAGCGAUUAGAUGGUAUGGAGAAGAGGCAGAAACAUUUGCUGAACAUUUUCGAGAAGGCUCUUCAGAAUCCUACUUUUGUUGAGCAGUUUUCCCGGAAAAUUGAGUCCAUGGAUUUAUCAGCAUAUAACAAGAAAAGACGAUUGCCUCAAGUUGAUGACAUGCAACCUGUUGUAGAAAGUAGUUUUGUGGACAAUCCCAACAAUUUUAGAAUGGAAUUUGGGAAUGUUUUCCAUCAAGAUUUCUCGAACAAACUCAGACUGGAAUUGUCACCAGCUGUGUCAGAUAUGAACUUAGUGUCACGUAGCACACAAAGUUCAAAUGAAGAUGGGGAAAGUCCACAGAAGAAAAUAUCUGAAGGAGAACAAACAGGAAUCCAGACAAGAACAUCUGUUCCAUUUGCACCAGAAACAUUGGAGCUUGCUGAUACUGGGGCAUCUUUUACUUUCAAGAUGGAUUCAUGUUUAUCACAAAGAGCGACGAAUGCUGAGAGCCCAAAACUGUGUACGUUGGAGCCAAGUAGUGAAGAAGGUGAUAGUCACAUAUCCUGCCAACUUACUUUGGCAUCGUGCCCGUUUAAGGUCAAUAGAAAUUCAUACUCAGCAAAAGCAUCCCAAAUAGACUCUCAAGAAAUUGGCAAGCUGGCAGAGCCUAGGUUUCAUUCCAACAGUAAAGAAUCCAAUGGUGGAGUUUUCUCAAACCGAAACCAAGCUAAUGAUGCAACCAAUUUGGCUUCUUCCCUGGAAACUCCAAGUAACAACCAAGUUACUCAGCCAAACAGGGUAAAUGAUGUGUUUUGGGAACAGUUCCUUACUGAAAGACCAGGCUGCUCAGACAAUGAAGAGGCAAUAUCCAAUUACAGAGGAAACCCAUGCGAUGAGCAAGAUGAAGGAAGGUUGAAUGCAAGGAAUGUUAAGAACAUGGAUCAGCUUACACUUUAAGCAUGCUGUAAUUUAGCACUCGUUAUAGUAAUAGUAUGUAACAUUUGCAUGAUUAUUCCAUACCAUAUACAUACAUAGUUUGACACUUGACAUCAAUUUGUGUGAUGUCGCAGGAGACUGAAAUUGUUAGGUAUACAAUGUUUGGCCUUUAUAAGGCUUACUGCCUCUGAAAAAUAUAGAAUUUGUGAUUGCUUUGGAGACUGGUGCAUGCAAUGUAAUCUAGCUGCUUGGCGGUGUUGUAUAUUGAGUAGGAAUUAGUGUAAACUAAAUGGGGUGUUGUCCCUGACAUUAUUGUUUAUGCAUAGAUAAUAAAAGUAACUUUGUCGUAAAACACGACUUAUAAUA